CUUGAAAGUGUUUUUAUAAAUUUGAAGUUAUUCUUAUAUUCCAUAAGCAAAAUUUUAAGUGUCCCAAAAGUUGAAAAACAUUCAAAAAAAUAUUCAAAACACGAAAGCAAACCUUUAGCGGAGCAAACGAUAAACCACAAAACGAGCAUCACGUAAUUUUUUUAGUUUAUGGAAAGCGGUUUCCAUUCUACACAGCACAAGCUAGAGGAUCAGCAUAUCGAGUCAGGUGAAGGGGAAUAUUUAAGCAGCAACGCUAUCGAUCAACACACGGCACAGAAUAGUUCGCAACGUUUGAUUCCGCUGACCCCACAAGUGGUUAAUGCUAUGAUGGAUUUUAACGGCUCCCGAUCAAGCACUAGCGUCUCGGAAAAAAACUUCUACAACACAUUCUCGAUAACUUGUUUGGUGCGCGAAGAAGUACAAAAUAUUUUGCAAGAACUAUGCGUUACCGAUCAGUUUAUACGCAAAGAAGAGAUCGACGCACUUAUAGAACGUUGCCUGCGUGAGAAAGUGCAAAUCGAGAGCAAAAGCCAAACGGUUAGUGCAGAAUCUUUGCCGGAAGAAAAUCAAGAAAUUGAAGUCACUGUCGAAAUGCUAAAUGAGACGGACAAGAAUAAGUUGAUCGUCGAAAAUUUCCAAAUACUCGAACAACGUAUUACCAAUUUGGAAGAACGUAUUUCUACGGUAUUGCAAACGGUGCCGAAAUUACGUCACUUGCAGGCGAAGAAAUUCAAAAUCAAUACAGAAGUCAUACGUGAGGAAUUGCGCAAUGUUAUGCAAAGAAUGGUGAUCGAUGAUGCUACAAAGACAGUAACGACCAACGAAGCAAAGAACACGUCGGAGAGUGAUGUCAAUGAAAAGAGCACUUUAGAAACGAUAAGUGAUGACAAAACCAUCGCAACGAUUUCGGAAAACAAAGUGAAUCCCUAUGAUGACAUGUACUACGCUGAGCGAGAAAAUGUUAUGAAUAUACUGAAUUAUAAAAAAUCUAAAGCCACCAUGGAACUAAAUCGCAGACCAUAUUUAAGUCCACAUAUAAAACCGAUCAUCCGAGAAUUGGGGAAUAUCAAAUUUAAACCCAAACAAAAGGCGGCAUUUAUCACAGAGUAAAAUGGCUAUAUACAUAUGUAUAUACAGUGAAGUUUCGAUGAUGCAUUACAUAAAUCAAAUUAAGUCGAAUUUCUAUUAUAUUAAAAACAAAUCUUAGUUUAUUGCCAAACAGUUAUGUGGAAAGCGAAAUAUAAAAAAUGCAAACCGUAAAAGAUUUAAA